UGAAAGAAAAAGCGUUUAGGUUCUUGAACCUUUCACCCUUUUCUGACUGCAGUGCUGAAUAUUAUGGUCCCGCACAGUCAAUUCCUCUGCUCGUAAAUCCCUGUUCUUAACUUAUUAAGGCUUUGCGGGGAAGGAAUUUCGGGUGGAAUCGGAGGAGAUAAAAACAACCAGAAAUCGUGCUCCAGAAUACUAAAGUUUAGGAUUUAUGCCGCCUUGGGAACGGACCACUUCCUCUUCUCCAAUCGUAUUUAUAAUCACUCUCCUGCAGCAGCUGUGUAAGAGUGGAAUAGUAGGAAACUGCUGAGAUCGAUUAUUGUUCUCCGGGGUUUGCUUUUCUUAAUUUAUCGAGUGGGGCAGCCAUGAAGAAGAGGGAAUUAGCAUCAGCCUCGCCAGAAGAACAAGAAUUCCCAGCACCUGGAAAACGACAAUCAAAGUAUGGUUAUCCGUGGUUAGUUUAUCUUCGGGAAGAAUUAGUAUUACAUCAAACGUUUUAUGACAUUUGGUCUCGAAAAAAAGACUUCAGCUUUCACGCAAUUCCGGAGCUUGAUUGCAGAACAGUUUUGUACUGUUCCCCCAACGGCGACAGGUUAAUUUUGGUUGAUCGCCCCGCAAUUGGCUCUCCACGUUACUGGCUGUGGUCUCCUAGGAGCAAGGAGAAGGCGAUUCGGUUGCCCCUUCUGAGACCACAUCGCCAAGAUUAUCAUCGAAUUCAGGAGAAGGCGAGUCGGUUGCCCCUUCUGAGACCACAUCGCCAAGAUUAUGAUCGAAUUCAACAAGCAUUGCUGUCCAGCACCUCGUCUUUGGUUCUUUUAUUUGUCCAAGAUUUUCCUCUAAUCUUAUAUUGCCGUGUUGGUGACAAAAAAUGGAGUGAAUUCAAUUACUCUUCCACCAUAGAAGCUCAAACAGGCACUCCUCUACCACCAAAUUAUUGUCUACGCUGUCCUGUCGACUUCAAUGGUACAAUAUAUGCCACAGCCUCUUGUUGUAGGGAUUUAGUGCAGAUCACUGUUGAUGACAACAAUAAUUGUGAGGCUCUUCUGUUAAUGCCACAACUUAAUCGAGCAAGACACCUUCGAAAGCGAUCCCAGCAAAGUUUCAAAAGUAAAUGGAGAAACUUCUUGGUGUCAUUAGGGGGUCACAACCUUGGUCUAAUCUUAAUGUCCCCUAAAUCUUACCGCAUUUAUAAAGAAUCCCUAUCAGUAUUGGUUUUCAAAUUUGAUUUCUCUUCUAUGUCUUGGCAACAAAUAACAAGUUUGAAUGGAGGGGCAGUUUUCUUGUGCCAGGACUACUGCCUUUACAGCAGCCAAAGCGGUGCAAGUGCAACCUCGGAGAUUGGUGGUUCACCCAAGGCAUGGAGUUACGUUUACUUCAGCUUUCGACCUGACCCGACUUUGUUCUCCUACAGGAUUGAGGAUGAGAAAGUAACAUCAUAUUCACUUUGUCGGCCAAAUCCACUGGAAACUUGGAUUGCUCAAUGGCUUUUGCCUGCCAUUCCUGUUGAUGAUCAAAAGAUUAUUACCACGACUGCAGACCCUUCAAACCAUCAUGACCAGCAACAACAGGGUGCACGUGAUUGCACUGAGGCAGUAGGAGAAAUAUCUUACUCUUGGAAAAAUUGGAAAAGUUACAGGAGAAGAAGUGCCACUACUAAGAGGAUGCGGCUGAUGAUACGGAAUGACCGUUCAGUAACAGUCCCCAAUGAUGAUGGGAACCCCUCAUUGUGCGACCUAUCGGAAGAGGUACUUAUCUUGAUUGCUCAAAAUCUAUGCUUUGUUGAUUACAUGCAAUUUCGUUGUGUCAAUAAGCUUUGCGCCUCCAGCACUAUCGGUACGAGGUUGAAUCCAUUCCCUCCGUGCUUGAUCUACAAGGAUAAGCAUAGAGGUGUCUACAAUAUACUAGAUUACAACCUUAAUCAGAAACUUUGCAUCAAAAUUCCCGAGGUCCUAAAAGACUAUGUGAUUCGUUGCUCGAGAAAUGGUUGGCUACUCUUGGAAUACAAUAAAGAUUUGGCUCUGUUUAAUCCAUUGACAUUGCAAGUACUUCCAGCGGGACCUUCACCAAGAAGGGUCGGUAGGAUUUUGACCUAUACGUUUCUAAGGAAGCCUUUUUCUUCCGAUUGUACAAUCCUAGCAAUAUCCUGUCAUGGUAUGGGUGGUGUAUCAUAUUCUGUUAGAAGCAUUUCCGAGCCAGACUCAAAGUGGCAGUCAUUUGUGGUCGGAGAAGAAGGCCUUGAACGAUUUAUCAAUAAAGGUUUUCACAUAGGUAGUCCUGUAGUCUUGGGAGAAUUUUGUUACCACUUAGGUAAAAGGGGGAGAAUUUUAUUGACUCAAAAUGUAGACUCCCUAUUCCAGUGCCAAGUUUUUGAUGAUCUCGUGUAUCCUGAACUAACAUUUGGACAGCAGUAUCUAACUGAGUGUGGUGGAGAGCUUAUAUCUGUACAGUUGGAUGGCAAAAUUUCCCAGAGAAAACGACCAUGCGUCCGAGUAUUUAAGCUCAAAGAUCAUAAAGAAUGGGAAGAAAUUGAUACGUUGGAAGGAUAUUGUUUAUAUGUUAGUCGGACAACAUCUAUGUCUUGUCUUGCAGAAAGAGCAGAUAUGGCAGACAGAGUUUAUUUUUCACAGUUUUUCCAGGAUGAUUUGGUCUAUUAUUCUUUGAGGGCCAAGGAAUAUCAUUCUGUGGGAAGCCCAAGCAAAUUGCUCAAUUAUAAUCAAACAAGCAUUGUCUUGGAUUGUGCUUGGAUCAAACCGAGCUGGACAAGAAUCCCUGCUAAAGUUUACACGUGGUCAUGAACAAGGUAAGGUCAGUCUGGCAGUUGAUUUUUGCAUAAUUGUCUACAAGGAUACUAGGAGUCAUAGUAUGAUAACCUUGAGUAAUACUAUAUGCAGUCUGUUAUCCAGAAAUUUCGAGGAAUUCUUAACUGUUCAUAUUUUUUGUGCUGAAUUUGGGGUGAAUGUUACAGCCAAUGCAUCUUAAUCUACUACGUCUAUCAUCCUCUCUGAAACAUAUUGGAGUUUGAGCAAGAUCCAGCUCGGAUUUUGUAUGCAUUGAUUUCUCCUUUUUAUUGAACUUUCAGAUUUUAAGGGCAUCAAUGGAGUCAUUUGUUGGCUAGCUGGCAGCAAGACUCUUUGCAAUGAGCAGUGCUAUGGGAUAUUGCAGGAGGAGAGGUUUAUUUGGGCAAAGAAAAGAUUUUCAUGAUUUUGCAUCCCAUUUGGAGAAGCACUUUUUAUCGAUAAGCAUUUUUCAUGAUUUAGUUUGACUGGAAUUUUAUUUUUAAAGUAGUUGCAAUAGAAUCCUUUUCUACUAGUAUGCUUCAUCAAUUAGGCUUUUAAUCCAUCUAUUCUUUUAUAUAUAUAUAUACUAGUGAUGUUUGGUCGCGCAAUGCGCGACCCUGGCCCAGUCUAUACUUAAUUUUGGAGAUUUUUAAUAGUUUUGUAAUAAGUUUCAUCCGAAAGGUAUACGCUUAAAACAAA